AUGUGUGGAGCUGUGGUUUACGAGUUAGAAAUGUCGGCUUCACCAAGUAAUUUGGAGUACAACCUUGUCCCAAGUCGAGAUUAUGGAGAACAGCAAGACACGAGGAAAACAGAAGAUACAAUGGUUGACAUGCUUCACACACAAAAGGAGAAUUUGACACGUACAGACGAUGAGGGUGCACGCACUAUCCACAUUGCGCGUCACAUCCCCGAUAUCGGUCCUUGUUUAAAUUCAUCUUUGAUGUAUCCACAUAUCAAUGCUCCUAAUGCAUGGAAGGAACAAAAUCGAGAAGAAGACAAUCUCAACCAAGUAAAGUGCCGCUCACAAGUAACGAUAUCGAAACUCUUACGCACCAAGUGUGCGAUCUGCAUCUGCAUACAAGCUUAUGGAGUAAUCAGCUAUAUUGAACAUCGCAAUGGAUAA